AUUCAAGUCUUGAAUUUUACCACUUUCCUUUCUUUUUGUUUUGAUUUGAUUUUUAUUUUUCCCUAUCGAACCUGACAAAUGAAUUCACAUAGCUAAAGCCAAAAAGUGGCACUUUCCCCAUUUCUCCGAUUUCCAGCUCGGGCUUUGUUGUUUCUGUUAUCUUGGGCUCUGCAUCUCUUUCAGGUAUUGAGAGAAAAUUUGAUUGUGAAACUUGAAAAUUAAGCUAUUUGGGACUCUAUUAGGUUUUCUGGUUUGUGUCAUAGCUGAAGCGAGAUCUGAUUUCUUAGUGCUGGCAGUAAAAUGGCGAAUGCUCUAUCAGUAUCUCCUUAUUUUAGGCCUUCAGAUACUAGAUCAAUGGGGGUACUUAAUGUUCUUGGAGGGAGGGUGUUAAAGGAGAAUCCUUUAGGGAAACUUAGCUGCCUUAAAAUGUGUGAUGGGAAAAGUGGGUCCUCAAUUUCGAGCCAAAGGCCGUCUAUUUCUCAUUUUAGAUGUUCUUCCAACUCUCAAAGUGUCAGUCCAUAUCAAAAUAAGGACCCUUUUCUGAAUAUGCACCCGGAAGUUUCAAUGCUUAGAGGUGAAGGGAACCCUAUAAUAACCAAUCCGGGAAAGGAUAGCUCUAGUCCCGAGAGCUUAGGAUACGUGUCCGAUUCAAAUAAUUACAAUGAAGCUAAGAUCAAAGUCAUUGGUGUUGGAGGUGGUGGGUCAAAUGCUGUUAAUCGCAUGAUAGAGAGCUCUUUGCAGGGUGUUGAGUUCUGGAUUGUUAACACUGAUGUUCAAGCCCUGAAAUUGUCACCCGUCUUUCACGGAAAUCGUUUGCAAAUUGGUCAGGAGCUGACUCGGGGUCUUGGUGCUGGUGGAAACCCUGAGAUUGGCAUGAAUGCUGCCAAAGAAAGCAAGGAGUCAAUUGAAGAGGCUCUUUCUGGUGCUGAUAUGGUUUUUGUUACUGCCGGAAUGGGUGGAGGGACUGGAACUGGUGGAGCUCCCAUAAUUGCAGGGGUUGCAAAGUCGAUGGGUAUUUUAACUAUCGGUAUUGUGACUACCCCUUUUUCUUUUGAGGGAAGAAGGAGAGCUGUUCAAGCACAGGAAGGAAUUGCAGCUCUGAGAGAAAAUGUUGACACACUAAUUGUUAUCCCUAAUGACAAGUUGCUGACUGCAGUUUCACCAUCUACUCCAGUAACAGAGGCAUUUAAUCUAGCAGAUGAUAUUCUUCGUCAAGGUGUGCGUGGCAUCUCUGAUAUAAUUACGAUUCCAGGGCUAGUCAAUGUGGAUUUUGCAGAUGUGCGAACUAUAAUGGCAAAUGCAGGUUCUUCGCUGAUGGGGAUCGGAAGUGGAACUGGGAAAACACGGGCAAGAGAUGCUGCACUAAAUGCUAUCCAAUCACCUUUGUUAGAUCUUGGCAUAGAAAGGGCUACCGGCAUUGUUUGGAACAUAACUGGUGGAAGUGAUUUAACUUUGUUUGAGGUUAAUACUGCAGCUGAGGUUAUAUAUGAUCUUGUAGAUCCAACUGCCAAUUUAAUAUUUGGAGCAGUGAUUGAUCCAUCACUUAGUGGCCAAGUAAGUAUAACCCUAAUCGCAACAGGAUUUAAACGUCAAGAAGAAAGUGAAGGAAGAUCCCUUCAGGCAGGUCAGGUAGCACAGGGAGAUACCGGCAUUGGAAUCAAUAGGCGACCUUCUUUCAAUGAAGGCGGUUCAUUUGACAUCCCGGAGUUCCUGAAGAAGAAAGGACGAUCGCGCUAUCCUGGAGCUUGAAUAGCUCUCUGCUUAGUGUUUUGAUUCCUGCUUAGUUUCCAUUUCUUCUUUUCUGGUUAGUCCAUACGACCCGACUCGAGAAUAUUACAUGUUAGUAUUUGGUUCUUCAACAACUGUCUUUGCUCCCUUCAAUAAAUUUCAAGUAAAUUUCUUGAAGUUUAGGGUAGUGAAUGUUUUUAAGUACCAUGUUUAAAAUAAAACGAAAGUAGCUUGUAUAGAGUGAAUUUGAUGAAAAAAAAUCAAAGAUGAGAUUAUUCAGUGUGAUUUAA